AUGGAACCAGUAAACCAAACUCAUGACUCAGAAUUCCUCCUUCUUGGAUUUUCUGAGAAGCCAGACCAUGAUCCUCUACCCCUAUUUGGGCUGUUCUUGGGCAUAUACAUGGUCACUAUAGUUGGGAACCUUCUUAUCAUGCUGACCAUUGGCUCUGACUCCCACCUCCACAUCCCCAUGUACUUUUUUCUCUCCAACCUAUCCUUUGUAGAUUUGUGUUUGGUAUCCACUACUGUCCCUAAGAUGCUGGAGAACAUCCUGAUACACAGCAAGGCCAUCCCCUAUGCUGGCUGCCUUGCCCAGAUGUACUUCUUCAUGGUUUUUACUUGUAUGGACAAUUUGCUUCUCACCAUGAUGGCCUAUGACCGCUUUGUGGCCAUCUGUCACCCUCUGCACUAUGUGUCCAUCAUGAACCCACAACUCUGUGGUCUGCUGGUUCUGUUGUCUUGGACUAUAAGUCUUCUAAUCUCCCUCCUCCACAGCAUGAUGGCAAUGCAACUCUCCUUCUGCAAAGACCAUGACAUCCCCCACUUCUUCUGUGAUCUUUCUCAGGUUCUGAAACUGUCUUGUUCUGAUACCUUCAUCAAUAACAUCUUGGUGUAUUUUGCAACCAGCUUGCUGGGUGUUGUCCCUCUAACAGGGAUCCUUUUCUCUUAUACUAAGAUUUGUUCUUCCAUACUGAGAGUCCCAUCACCUGGGGGAAAGUAUAAAGCCUUUUCCACCUGUGGGUCUCACCUCUGUGUUGUUUCAUUAUUCUAUGGCACAGCUUUUGGAGUGUACUUGAGCUCCUCAACUGCUCACUCUUCCUGGAAGAACUCAAUCACCUCAGUGAUGUAUGCGGUAAUCACUCCCAUGCUGAACCCCUUCAUCUAUAGCCUGAGAAACAAGGACAUCAAGGAUGCCUUAAGGAGACUUAUUAGCAGACCAACCUCAUCUCAGUGA